GCAGGGAGAAUUAUCAGCUAACCACGCAAGAUAGUUGCGAAACAAGGGAGUUGUUUACAACCAACCAAGGAGUAGAAAACACCUGAGAACUGUGAAGCCAUGUGUAUAGCUGCAUGGAUUUGGCAGGCUCACCCUGUGCACCAACUCAUCCUGCUGCUCAACAGAGAUGAGUUCCACAGCAGGCCUACAAAAGCAGUAGGAUGGUGGGGAGAAGGCUCAAAGAAGAUUCUUGGGGGCAGGGAUGUACUUGGUGGAGGGACAUGGAUGGGGUGCACCAAGGAUGGCAGACUUGCCUUCCUGACCAAUGUGCUUGAGCCAGAUGCCAUGCCUGGCGCACGAACUAGGGGAGACCUGCCCCUCAGGUUCCUGCAGAGCAACAAGAGCCCGCUUGAAGUUGCAACUGAAGUAGCAAAAGAAGCUGAUGAAUACAAUGGCUUCAACCUUAUACUGGCUGAUCUAACCGCAAAUGUCAUGGUCUACGUGUCGAACCGUCCUAAGGGGCAGCCUGCAACGAUUCAACUCGUCUCACCAGGACUCCAUGUGUUGUCCAAUGCAAGGCUAGACAGCCCUUGGCAGAAGGCGGUUCGCCUUGGUAAGAACUUCAGGGAACUUCUUAGGAAGCAUGGUGACGUUGAGGUUGAAGCAAAGGAUAUAGUUGAGAGGCUAAUGACUGACACCACAAAGGCUGAUAAAGAUAGACUGCCAAACACCGGUUGUGAUCCCAAUUGGGAGCAUGGUCUGAGCUCCAUUUUCAUCGAGGUGCAAACAGACCAAGUGAGAAAAAAGAUCUUUGACAUAAUUCCAGAUACAAGUACAUUCAGAGGGCUCUAUGGGACACGGAGCACAGCCGUUUUAUCAGUGAACUAUGAUGGUGAAGCUAGCUUGUACGAGAAGUAUCUCGAGAGUGGUAUAUGGAAGGAUCACACAGUGCAUUACCAUAUAGAGCAGGCAGUCCACAUGAAAAAGCAGGGAGCCUCAAAUAAAUAGAAAGAAGAAGCCACUAUUGUUGUGAA